ACGAGGUGGCAUCAUGCUGCGCCACGUGCCAUGUCGACGCUACCUGUACACGCUGCAUCCGCCAGCGCUCGCGACGUCAGCUUACGUACCUCUGCAUGGCCCUCGUGUCGUCUACCUCGAGCGCACCGAGGGCGGCGUCCCGUUCGAGCCAUCGCAGCCACCGCGCAUCGAGCCACCCUGUCAAGUCACGUACCUGAGCCCGCGCAUGCUCGCCCUCACGUUUGCCGAUGCCAGCGAGCUCAACACGAGUCUUUUUAUCGACGGUCAGGUCGUGCCGCUUCCGAGGCAGCUUGUCGACGUCGACGUCGAUGGCGAACACACGCCGCCCCUCGAAUUUAUGAACCAGGCGCUCAUGGCCGGACGCAACACCAUUGGCGUCUUCGAGCUUGCCUCCACGUCUCUGCGUCUGGCCGAGCUGCAGGCUGCUAUCGAACCGCGCCUGAAGCGUACGCGCGCUACGUUUGCAACCUUGUUUCGACUGUACGACCCGAAAACCAAGCGAUUUCAUGCGCUACGGGAUAGCACGCCGGUCGGCCCACACUUUUUGGCGCUCACGUCCGACGAAGCAACGACAACAUUGGUCGACCGCAUCGCGGCGGUGCCCAUGGAUGCGUACCGGCCAUGGGAGCUAUGGCUCGUGCGCGGGUCGCGGGAUGGUAUCGUCUUCCGCGUCCCGCAUGGCAUCAUCGACGGCAUGGGCUGCAUCCAGUUUCUCCAACGCGUUCUCGCGGACGCUCCAUGUCCAUCGACCAUCCGGCCACAACGAACAAGCACCAGGCACUUCACGGACGUCGUCGACGCACUCGGGCGCCUCUGGGACGAUGUAAGUCGCCCCGCCGUGCCCUAUCUGGGCUUCCAAGGACGGCGCGACGGGUUUGGCUCGCUCGCCCGCUUUUACGCAGCGCUGACGCCAGCCACUGAGGCGCCCCAGACGUGCUUGUGCCGCAUUCCUUUGACGUCGUUCCAGACGAUCGCUCGGCGCCACAGCGUCACGGUGAGUCAAGUGCUUGUGGCAGCACUCGGCGAUGCGCUCCGCACAUUGCUCUUGACCAACUUUGACGCGGCGCUGGUCGAAUCGCUGCAGCUGCAGGUGCGCUUACCAGUCGACGCGCGGCACGGCGACGUCGACCGGAUGCAAGCGGAUCUUGUGGCGAUCUGCUUGCCGCUGCAUGUCGAGAUGGUCGAAGCCAACGACCGCCUGCGUGCGGUGGCCCGGGCGGGGCAGUCGAUCCAGAAGGACAUCGCAGUACGUCGGUGGUGUCGGGACGCGGGCCUUGCGCUCGUGCCACGCUGGCUUCUUGGACACGUCCCAGUGCCGCCGCGCGGGUCCUGGUCGAGUCCCAUGUACGCGAGCAGCGUCGUCGGCCCCGCUGCGCGUCUACGCAUUGCGGGUCGACCGCUCGAUGCCUUUUACUUUAUGUCGUCCGACCUCGACUACCGCAACGCCCACAUGCUCGAGGUCGUCAGUGUGUCGUACGACGGGCAGAUGCAACUCUCUCUGCGCACGCUUCUUGGCCGCAGUUUGGACCUCGAGCACUUUCAAGACGCGCUUGUCGCCGCGAUAGAUCGACUGGCGUCGAUGAAGCAUGACCAAUAGACGUAGCUUGUAUCAACUUGAUACAUGAAUGGAUG